AUGUCCGAAAAAGAAGACUUGAAACAAACUUUAAAUACACAAAGCAACGACUCCUUCUAUCCUACACAGCAGGAAUGGGAUCAAUAUAGCAGUGACCAAAGAUUGUCCUCUAUCCAUGAUUGCUUGCUCGAAAUGUACCUCAAUCUGAAACUUCGAAACUUCAAUGAAAAAGAGGCAACCAUCGAUAGUGAAAAGGUGGACAAAGAGUUAGAUAAACUUAAGAAUAUAAACUCAAUCCAGCUGAUUGAAUAUAUCAAGUCUUCAAUAGAAAUAAUAAUAAGAAUAAAGUUAGAAGAAUCUGAAAAUAAGUCAAAAUAAAAUCCCAAGUGACUCCAAAAAUGCCACAAAUGAAUCUACCCAAGUUCCUGAAGAGUACGAGGAGAUCAUACAGAAGUUAGAAGCUGAAGUUCGCAACCACAUCUCUGUUCAACAGCAGAUGAAACUAUACAUUGAGAGCUAUCAGUCUAAGAUAGAAGAGCUUGAGAAAUUUGAAAAAGAGUGCGACCUCAUGACUCAAGAGAUUGCUAAUCUGAAGACAACUAAUACAAAAUUGGAUAAAGAACUUGACUCCUACAAGUGUAUUCACAAGGAAAAGCGAGCUGAAUGGAAACUCAAAGAGCAAGAAUAUGUUAAUUCUAUUCAUAAAUCUGAUGCUAGAGAAAAGGUUCUUGAAGAGAAAGUUAAAGAACUCGAAACAUUUUUGAUGACAAAUAAGAAUAUUCAGGAUGAUGGCCAAGGCCUUCGAGAUAACCUCAUACUACUAAAGGAUGAAUCACAGAAAAAUACCAAAAGUAAUAAACUAAAAUAUCUUCUCAAAGCAAUCCCAAGUGGAAGUACUAAAACAAGUAGUAACGAAAUUCAGGAUACGCUGAUUUCAUUUUCAGAUCUGUCUACUAAAAUUCCUGAAAAAUCUAAACCAGGCUCAAUGAAGAAGAAGAACAAUCCUUACAAAAUAGAGUAUUUUAAGAACAACAAGGACUCAUGAAAGCUGUCGUUUACUCAGAAGUCAUGCCACCAUAGUUCAAUCGAUGAGAAUCACAAAAGGAGCAAAUCUCACACUACUAAUAGUCUGAAACCAACAAAAAUAUGAAAGUCACAGGACAAAACUUUCUUUAUUGAUCCUAAUAACCAGAGUGCAGCGAAUGCCAGAAAGAGCUAUAACUUGGUAAAUGAAUAUUUGGAGAAUCCUAAUAAGCAAUUUGAGUAUUACCUUGGAACACAUAAGAGAGGUAGUGGUACAUCACUCACGAAGAAAGAUAAGGUGAUAAAUUACCCAGGCAAACAAUUCAUCCAAGUUCAAAACAUGCAUAUGAGUAAGAAGAGGUUAGGUAGUAAGAAUAUAUCUGGGCCCAAAAAGAUCAACUUUAAGUCUUUUGAUCAGAGAAGAGCGAUGACCAAAGUUGGGCAGAGAGAGCAUUCCUUAGACGAUCCUCCAAAUUAUUCCUAUUCAAACCCUCUCAGAUCAUCUAGUGUCUGUCAUAAGAAGAGUAUGAGUAACGAUAAACUACAUUCUGGUCAAAGAAAUAAGGCCACAAAGACUACAAAAUCAACUUCUCACAGAGGAAAGAAGAUCAAGCAGAGAUCUCAGAUGAGUGCUAUACAGAAAGCUUCUACUGCUCAAGGAAUGAUAAGCCUGAUCAAAACCUGAAAAAGCAAAUCUCAGAAUUAUUAAUCAUUCU